AUGCCCAUCUUGCUUAAUGCCGACGCCUCCUUCAGCUCCAAGCAGGAGCUCCUGGACCUUCAGGACUGCCCUCUCGGCAGUGGCCCUUCUCUGGACACCCCAAGUCCCCCAGACUCCCAGAUUGGUAGCCCACUAGGCUCAGGCCCCAGAAGUCCUGGCAGCCCCAGCUGACCUGGUAGCCCAGGAGCGGAUGGCCCCAUUCGGCCCCACAUUUUCACCGGGGCUUCCACGCUUCCGGGGCAGCUGUACAAGGCAGAAACACGACCCCAUGCGGGGGCCCCAUUGGGGUUAAAGCUUGUUUCCACAGACUCGGAUCAGCUAUGUGGCUGGGGGGCCCUGACGCCGAAAGCUGUCCAAGCUUUCAACACCCCUCGUUGGGUGCUGUUCUUCCUUUGUGUGGCCUCCUUCCUCCAGGGAAUGAUCAUCAACGGCUUUAUUAACACAGUGGUCACCUCAAUUGAGAGGCGUUUCGACCUGCGCAGCUACCAGGCCGGCCUCAUCGCCAGCUCCUACGACAUUGCCGCCUGCGUCUGCCUGGCUUUCGUCAGCUACUUCGGCGGGACGGGACACAAGCCCCGCUGGCUCGGCUGGGGGGUGCUGAUCAUGGCAGUUGGUUCUCUGGUGUUUGCCUUGCCACACUUCACCACGCCCCCUUACGAGGUCAGUCUGACCGAGCGGACGCUGAUGUGCUCCGGUAACCGAACCAGCCCGUGCCAGGACAAGGAGGGCGGAGGACUAUCAAGCUAUCGUUUUGUGUUCAUGCUGGGCCAGUUUCUCCAUGGCGUGGGCGCCACGCCUCUCUACACGCUAGGGGUCACAUACCUGGACGAGAACGUCAAGUCCAACUAUGCGCCCGUUUAUAUUGGGAUCUUCUACACAGCGGCCAUUGUGGGUCCAGCAGCAGGCUACCUGCUGGGAGGAUACUUCCUCAACAUUUACACUGAGAUUCACCUGACCACAGAGAUGACUCCAGAGAACCCUCUGUGGGUCGGGGCUUGGUGGGUCGGCUUCCUGGCAGGAGGAGCAGCAGCUCUCCUGGUAGCAUUUCCCAUCCUGGGCUACCCACGACAGCUACCAGGCUCUCAGGAGUACGUGGCCAUGCGGGUGUCCGAGGCCCACCAGCUCAAGGACGGAAGCCAGACCACAGCCUCAGACCCUCAGUUCGGCAAAUCCGUCAAAGACAUGCCAAGGUCUGUGCUGCUCCUCCUGAAGAAUCCACCCUUCCUGUUCCUGUGCUUGGCUGGGGCCACGGAGGCGACCCUCAUCGCUGGCAUGUCCACCUUCGGUCCAAAGUUCUUGGAGUCGCAGUUCAGCCUCAGUGCUUCAGAGGCCGCCACAUGGUUCGGAUACAUGGUGGUACCAGCCGGCGGCGGCUGCACCUUUCUGGGCGGCUACAUCGUGAAGAGACUGAACCUGCGCUGUCGUGGCAUCAUCCGCUUCUGCAUGAUGUGUGCGAUGGUCAGUCUGCUCGCCAUCUUCAUCUUCCUCAUCCACUGCCCCAACAUGCCCAUGGCCGGUGUCACAGCACCGUACAAGUACAGUCUGAUGGAGAAACAGCAACUGGGCCAGUAUAAAGGCCUGUAUGGCAAGCCAAGCGAGCUGCAGCAUCGAAACAGAUCUUCUUUAGAGGAGAACCUGACGGUCGGCUGCAAUGCCGACUGCAGCUGUGUCACAGAGUUGUACAACCCGGUGUGUGGGGCAGACGGAGUGAUGUACUACUUUCCCUGCCACGCUGGCUGCAGCUCCAUCAACCACACCGAGCGCUCCACGGGCAAACAGGUGUACUCUGGAUGCAGCUGUGUGGUGGGGAAUGUGUCCUGGGGCGAGGAGGGCUUCGCUCUAACGGGGAAGUGUGGCAGCUCCUGCCACCACAUGCCAGCCUUCCUCUCCCUCCUCUUCAUCGUCAUCUCCUUCACUUUCCUCUGUAGCAUCCCGGCCCUCACUGCCACACUCAGGUGUGUGCCAGACAGCCAGAGAUCCUUUGGACUCGGCAUCCAGUGGAUAGUGGUGCGCACACUUGGAGGUAUUCCAGGGCCCAUCGCGUUUGGCUCGGUGAUUGACAUCUCCUGCUUACUGUGGCAGCAUAAGUGUGGUGAGCAGGGCUCCUGCUACCUCUAUCAUAACUCAGCUAUGAGCCAGUACACACUGGUAGCUGGCAUCAUCUAUAAGGUAACACGAACACAGGCUCAAGGCAUACUGCACCCUCAAGAUCAAGUCGUACUGUACCUCCAAGAUAAAGUCGUACUGUACCUUUAA